AUGCUGAGACUCUCUGGAAUCGCCGGAACAAGAUCUGAUUACCAGAUUCUGCAGCUUGCUUCCGUGAACUCUGCCAUCAUUCCGUCCAACAUCACCGCCGUCCUCGUCCUCCUCGUCGCCAUCCUCACCGCUCUAUUCUACGCCAGACUCCCUACGAACCCCACCGCCGCCGAUAUGCCAGACUACACGACGGGCGUGAUGCCCUUGUACCAGGUGCACAAACCUCCCUUCUCUGUCGAGUCGCCUGGGUACGAGCGCGUUGAGGGCGAGACUCUUCCCCGUCGCCAUUGGAAAGCCAAGAAUGGUCUCCGAACCCAACCCCAUCCCGACGUUCACACCGUCUACGACAUUGUCAAGCGAAGUGCCCAGGUCUACCCUAACGAGCCUGCCGUUGGCACCAGGAAGCUCGUGCACCUUCACAAGGAGAAGAAGAAGGUCCCCAAGAAUGUCGAUGGAGAGGUCAUAGAGGUUGAAAAAGAGUGGCAGUAUUUCGAGCUGUCCCGUUACUCUUACCUGACCUAUGCCGACCUCCUCACCUAUAUCAACCAGAUUGGCUCAGGCCUGCGGAAGCUGGGUCUGAGCAAAGGAAGCAGAGUCCAUCUAUUCGCUACCACAACUGCAAACUGGAUGGCCAUGUCCCACGCCUGCGGCUCCCAGUCCAUCUCUAUUGUCACCGCUUACGAUACCCUCGGCGCCAGCGGCGUCGAGCAUUCGCUGCUCCAGUCCAAUGCCGAUGCUAUGUACAUCGACCCUCAACUCCUCAAGACAGCAAGCGGUGCUCUGAAGAAGGCCGAAAAUGUCAAAUUUGUCAUCUACAACAACAGCUCCCUCUUUUCCGAUGGCACUGAAGUCGACGCCUUCAAGAAGGCCAACCCCGAUAUCAAACUUGUUAGUAUCGAGGAGGUGCGUGCAUUAGGCGAGGAGAACCCCGUUGAGACCGUAGAGGCAAAGCCUGAGGACUUGUUCUGCAUCAUGUACACUUCUGGUUCCACGGGUCCGCCGAAAGGUGUGCCCAUGACUCACGCUGGAACUGUGGCUGCGAUUACUGGUCUCUGGACCUGCGUCGAAGAGUGUGUCAGCAACAAGGAAUAUGUUCUGGCAUACUUGCCCUUGGCCCACAUCUUUGAACUCGUACUGGAAAACCUCGUCUUGUUCGUGGGUGGCACCCUUGGUUAUGGUAACCCGAGAACCCUUUCGGAUACGUCGGUCAAGAACUGCGCUGGUGACAUGCGCGAGUUCCGGCCGACGGCCUUGGUUGGUGUGCCUCAAAUUUGGGAGACGGUAAAGAAGGGUGUCAUUGCCAAGGUCAACAGCUCUGGCCCUCUCAUCAAGGCCCUCUUCUGGGGAGCCUUCAACUAUAAGACCUUCAUGGUCAAGCACGGCCUUCCCGGCGCUACCAUCUUUGACAAUGUCGUCUUCAAGAAGGUUCGCGAGUUGACGGGUGGUCGUCUCCGCUUCAUUAUGAAUGGCGCGAGCGGUAUCUCGGAUGGGACGAAGCACUUCCUGUCCAUGACUCUGGCGCCUAUGUUGACAGGUUACGGACUGACCGAGACAGCCGCCAACGGUGCCCUCGGUGACCCCCUGGAGUACACUUCCGAUGCUAUUGGUUCUAUUCCCGCUGCUGUUGACCUCAAGCUCGUGUCCAUCCCCGAUCUGAACUACUACGCCGACUCCAACCCUCCCCAGGGUGAAAUCUGGGUCAAGGGACCCGCCGUGCUGAAGGAGUAUUACAAGAACCCCGAAGAGACGGCCAAGGCCAUUACCGAGGACGGCUGGUUCAAGACGGGUGACAUUGGCGAGUUCGACAAGGUCGGCCACGUCAAGGUCAUUGAUCGCGUCAAGAACCUCGUCAAGAUGCAGGGUGGAGAGUACAUUGCCCUCGAGAAGAUGGAAUCCGUCUACCGCGGCAGCCCCUUUGUCGCCAACAUCAUGGUCUACGGCGACGGCGAGCACUCCCGCGCCAUCGCCGUCGUGGCUCCCAAUGAAAAGGUCCUCGCCGAGGAGGCGAAGAAGCUUGGUGUUGAUGAGCACAGCAUGCACACUGACAGCAAAGUCGUCGACGCCGUUCUCAAGGAUCUCAUCUCCAACGGAAAGAAGGCUGGACUCUCUGGUCUUGAGAUUGUCGGCGGCGUCGUCCUCUGCGAGGAGGAGUGGACACCCGAUAGCGGUCUCGUCACUGCGACACAAAAGGUGAACAGAAGAGCGAUCAAGGAUAAGUACAAGAAGCAGAUGGAUAAGGCUUUUGGCAACUAA